AUGGCUCAUUACUCUCCAGAAAUUUAUCACGAAAGACAAAGGUUAUGGCUAUGUGGACAGCAUGCUGUCAAUAGCUUGCUUCAGGCGGAAGUCUAUACUAAAUCUGAUAUGGACAAAAUAGCAGAAACUCUGAACAUAAGAACAGACGUCGAGGCUAGAUCAUGGCUAUCUUAUUACAUAAACCCCCACAAAAGCAUAAUUAUCGGUAAUUAUGAUGUUAAUGUGAUAAUAGAGGCACUGAGUGAACAAGGAUUAGAGACGCGAUGGUUUGAUGUCAGAAAGGACAUUCGCACAGAUAUCCAGUUCACCGAUCGAACGCUUUUUGGCUUGAUACUCAACACGCGAACAGAAUUCUUGUGCUUUCCACGGCACCAUUGGAUUGCUAUUAAGCCUAUUUUCGGAGAAGAAACACAUACAGUAUACAAUCUAGAUUCUAGAUUGACCAGACCCAAAUCGUUUGAUAAUGAGGAGGCGGUAUACAGUUUCUUGGAGAAAGCUAUCCAUCACGAAGGCGGUCAGCUGCUCGUAGUCAAAAUCAAACAGGAACAUUCUGGCAGUGAUAAUGAACUAACCGAUCGCCACGGGUCUACUACUAUUGACAAUCAUUAG